AUGGACGUCAAGAUCUACAUCCCCUACGAGUCAGCUGAACUCUGCAUUACGCAGGUACAGAGUCACAUCCCUAGGUCAUAAAAGAUCUGGGAAAAUUUGAAAUAGUUUUUUAUCAUAUUAUACAGUGCCUUCAGAAAGUAUUCACACCCCUUGACUUUUUACACAUUUUGUUAUGUUACAGUCUAAAUUUAAAAUGGAUUCAAUUGAGAUUUUGUGUCACUGGCCUACACACAAUACCCCAUAAUGUGGAAUUAUGAUUUUUUAUUUUUUUUAACAAAUUAAUUACAACUUAAAAUAUUACAUUUAUUAAUGUGUUUGAGCCAAUCAGUUGUGUUGUGACAAGGUAGGGGUGGUAUACAGAAGAUAGCCCUAUUUGGUAAAAGACAAAGUCCAUAUUAUGGCAAGAACAGCUCAAAUAAGCAAAGAGAAAUGACAGUCCAUCAUUACUUUAAGACAUGAAGGUUAGUCAAUCCGGAAAAUUUCAAGAACUUUGAAAGUUUCUUCAAGUGCAGUCGCAAAAACCAUCAAGGGCUAUGAUGAAACUGACUCUCAUGAGGACCGCCACAGGAAAGGAAGACCCAGAGUUACCUCCGCUGCAGAGGAUGUUCAUUAGAGUUACCAGCCUUAGAAAUUGCAGCCCAAAUAAAUGCUUCACAGAGUUCAAGUAACAGACACAUCUCAACAUCAACUGUUCAGAGGAGACUGCGUGAAUCAGGCCUUCAUGGUCAAAGUGCUGCAAAGACACCACUUCUUGGGCCAAGAAACACGAGCAAUGGACAUUAGACCGGUGGAAAUCUGUCCUUUGGUCUGAUGAGUCCAAAUGUGAGAUUUUUGGUUCCAACCGCCGUGUCUUUGUGAGACGCAGAGUAGGUGAAUGGAUGAUCUCCGCAUGUGUGGUUCCCACCAUGAAGCAUGGAGGAGGUGGUGUGAUGUUGUGGGGGUGCUUUGCUGGUGACACUGUCUGUGAUUUAUUUAGAAUUCAAGGCACACUUAACCAGCAUGGCUACCACAGCAUUCUGCAGCGAUACGCCAUCCCAUCUGGUUUGCGCUUAGUGGGACUAUCAUUUGUUUUUCAACAGGACAAUGACCCAACACACCUCCAGGCUGUGUAAGGGCUAUUUGACCAAGAAGGAGAGUGAUGGAGUGCUGCAUCAGAUGACCUGGCCUCCACAAUCACCCGAACUCAACCCAAUUGAAAUGGUUUGGGAUGAGUUGGACCGCAGAGUGAAGGAAAUGCAGCCAACAAGUGCUCGGCAUACAGUGCCUUGCAAAAGUAUUCAUCCCCCUUGGCGUUUUUCCUAUUUUGUUGCAUUACAACUUGUAAUUUAAAGGGAUUUUUAUUUGGAUUUCAUGUAAUGGACAUACACAAAAUAGUCAAAAUUGGUGAAGUGAAAUUCCAAAAAAUAAAUAACGGAAAAGUGGUGUGUGCAUAUGUAUUCACCUCCUUUGCUAUGAAGCCCCUAAAUAAGAUCUGGUGCAACCAAUUACCUACCUAAGAAGUCACAUAAUUAGUUAAAUAAAGUCCACCUGUGUGCAAUCUAAGUGCCACAUGAUCUGUCAUGUGAUCUCAGUAUAUAUACACCUGUUCUGAAAGGCCCCAGAGACUGCAACACCACUAAGCAAGAGGCACCACCAAGCAAGCGCCACCAUGAAGACCAAGGAGCUCUCCAAACAGGUCAGGGACAAAGUUGUGGAGAAGUACAGAUCAGGGUUGGGUUAUAAAAAAAUAUCUGAAACUUUGAACAUCCCACGGAGCACCAUUAAAUCCAUUAUUAAAAUAUUGAAAGAAUAUGGCACCACAACAUACCUCCCAAGAGAGGGCUGCCCACCAAAACUCACGGACCAGGCAAGGAGGGCAUUAAUCAGCGAGGCAACAAAGUCACCAAAGAUAACCCUGAAGGAGCUGCAAAGCGCCACAGCGGAGAUUGGAGUAUCUGUCCAUAGGACCACUUCAAGCCUUACACUCCACAGAGCUGGGCUUUACGGAAGAGUGGCCAGAUAAAAGCCAUUGCGUUAAAAAAAAAAUUAAGCAAACACGUUUGGUCUUCGCCAAAAUGCAUGUGGGAGACUCCCCAAACAUAUGGAAGAAGGUACUCUGGUCAGAUGAGACUAAAAUUGAGCUUUUUGGCCAUCAAGGAAAAUGUUAUGUCUGGCGCAAACCCAUCACCUCUCAUCACCCCGAGAACACCAUCCGCACAGUGAAGCAUGGUGAUGGCAACAUCAUGCUGUGGGGAUGUUUUUCAUCGGCAGGGACUGGGAAACUGGUCAGAAUUGAAGGAAUGAUGGAUGGCGCUAAAUACAAGGAAAUUCUUGAGGGAAACCUGUUCCAGUCUUCCAGAGAGGUUCACCUUCCAGCAGGACAAUGACACUAAGCAUACUGCUAAAGUAACACUCGAGUGGUUUAAGGGGAAACAUUUAAAUGUCUUGGAAUGGCCUAGUCAAAGCCCAGGCCUCAAUCCAAUUUGGAAUCUGUGGAAUGACUUAAAGAUUGCUGUACACCAGCGGAACCCAUCCAACUUGAAGGAGCUGGAGCAGUUUUGCCUUGAAGAAUGGGCAAAAAUCCCAGUGGCUAGAUGCGCCAAGCUUAUAGAGACAUACACCAAGAUAUUUGCAGCUGUAAUUGCUGCAAAAGGUGGUUCUACAAAGUUUUGACUUUGGGGGGGGGGGGGGGGGGGGGGGGGGUGAAUAGUUAUGCACGCUCAAGUUUAAUGUUUUUUUUUGUCUUAUUUCUUGUUUGUUUCACAAAAAAAAUAUAUUUUGCAUCUUCAAAGUGGCAUGUUGUGUAAAUCAAAUGAUACAAACCCCCCAAAAAUACAUUUUAAAUCCAGGUUGUAACGCAACAAAAUAGGAAAAAUGCCAAGGGGGGUGAAUACUUUCGGAAGCCACUGUAUGUGGGAACUCCUUCAAGACUGUUGGAAAAGUAUUCCAGGUGAAGCUGGUUGAGAGAAUGCCAAGAGUCUGCAAAGCUGUCAUCAACGCAAAGGCUGGCUACUUUGAAGAAGCUAAAAUAUAAAAUAUCUUUAGAUUUGUUAAAAACUUUUUUGGUUACUACAUGAUUCCAUACGUGUUAUUUCAUAGUUUUGAUGUCUUCACUAUUAUUCUACAAUGUAGAAAAUAGUACAAAUAAAGAAAAACCCUUGAAUGAGUAGGUGUGUACAAACAAGGCACUACAGUAAAACUGCAAAAAAUGUGGCAAAGAAAUUAACAUUAUGUCCUGAAUACAAAGCGUUGUGUUUGGGUCAAAUCCAACACAACACAUCACCCAAGAGUACCACUCUUCAUAUUUUCAAGCAUGGUGGUGGCUGCAUCAUUUUUUUUUAGGAUAAAAAGAAAGGAAAAAUCCUAGAGGAAAACCUGGUUAAGUCUUCUUUCCAACAGACACUGAGAGACAAAUGUACCUUUCAGCAGGACAAUAACCUAAAACAUAAGGCCACAUAUACACUGGAUUUGCUUACCAAGACGACAUUGAAUGUUCCUGAGUGGCCUAGUUACAGUUUUCACUUAAAUCUACUUGAAAAUCUAUUUCAAGACAUGAAAAUGGCUGGCUAGCAAUGAUCAACAACCAACUUGACAGAGCUUGAAGAAUUGUUUUAAGAAUAAUGUGCAAACAUUCUACAAUCCAUGUGUGCAAAGUUCUUAGAGACUUACCCAGAAAGAUUCACCGCUGUAAUCGCUGCCAAAGGUGAUUCUAACAUGUAUUGACUCAGGAGUGUGAAUACUUAAGUAAAUGAGAUAUUUCUGUAUUUCAUUUUCAAUACAUUUGCAAAAAUUUAUAAAAACAUGUUUUUCAUUAUGGGGUAUUGUGUGUAAAGAAAUCUAUUUAAUACAUUUUGAAUUCAGGCCGUAACACAGCAAAAUGUGGAAUAAAUGAAGGGGUAUGAAGACUUUCUGAAGUGACUGUACGUUUAUCAUUUCUAUGAAGCCACAUAGUACAAUAUUGAGCUGAAGAGCAGUACUCAUUAUGGAAUGUACAGAGAAGGAAUGGGUUAAGAUAGUCAGACGUGUGACUAAGAGACAAACCCGAUGUUGAUCGGUGUGAAAAGAAGCACACAGUGAGCUCAUUGUUAGAGAUAAUGUUGUGUUCUCCUCUUUACUCACAUGUCUGCUGCUCCUUCUGCCUGGAAGAGGCUUUAUUGUGUGUGUGUGUGUGUGUGUGUGUGUGCACAGGGCCAGGCCUAGCCUUUUGGGGGCCCUAAGCAACAGGGCCAGGCCUAGCCCUGUGUGUGUGUGGUGUGUGUGUCUGUGUGUGUGUGCACAUGCAAGUGCGUGUGUGUGUUUGUGCAGGAUCAGAAGACCAGGUGCCUUUGAUUUGUCAGUCUUUAUCUCUAUUUAAUUGUUAGGCUAUCAUGCUGCUGUGAAUUCUCUGUGUGUACAGUAUAUGAGUCAUUAACCUUUGUCAUGACAUGUUAUUAGAUGACUGACUGAUGAUCUUAAGUAGUCAAUUAGAAUUUAUUGUGUCAAUAUUAAGGCGUCUCAUUUCUUGUGGCAACAGAUAGCUGAGGACAUGCAGACUAUGAAAAGUAGACAUCUGGAGAUGGUGCAAGAGCUGGAGGAAAACUUUCAGAUCGCAUCACGAGAGAACCAGGUGAUAUGUGUGUGCAUGCGUGCGUGUAUUGAUUAGGUGUCACUACAAGUUUAAUUCAACACUUAUCUGUGUUAGUAGGAGAGGACAAUACAGAAGAUCCGAUCUCACUACCAGAACAAGCUGAAUGCACUGAAGAGAAUCUUAGACCUUUACCAAGAAAAGGUAGAAAAGAAGAACACACACUGGGAGGAGAGAUUCACAGUGAGUUCCCUCUUACCAACCAACCAUCACCAUCCCUCAUCAGGGAACAACUUUGUCACUAUGCUAUAUUCUAUUCAGUUCAGUAGAUCUUUAUUGUCCCCAGAGGGCUUUUUGAGUGUAACAUAACAAUAAAAAACAUGAACAACAUACAAAACAUGAAACCAUACAGUACGAUACAUUAAGAUCGAAAUCAAAAUCGUGUUUGCCUCUUCAUCAACAAGAAAUGGUGUGUUGACUCGAGUGUAGUGGAAGUCUCGCCCGUCUUGGAAUAUCUGAUGGUCAAAUGCUGACCCUUCUACCUCCCGAGGGAGUUUUUAGCUGUUAUGGUGACUGUUGUAUACAUUCCACCUCAGGACAAUAAGAAGCUGGCACUUAACGAACUGUACGAGGAUAUAAACAAGCAGGAAAACUUGCACCCGGAGGCUGCUUUCCUUGUUGCCGGCGAUUUUAACUCUGCGUCAUUAAGACACGUGAUGCCCAACUUCCAUCAACACCUCUCCUUUGCCACUAGGAGCGAUAAAGACCACUGUUACUCUACCCACAAGCAAGCAUACAAGGCCCUCCCUUGUCCCCCAUUUGGCAAAUCAGAUCAUGACUCAGUACUCCUGCUCCAUGUUUACAAACAGAAGCUCAAACAGGAAGUACCCGUGACUUGCUCCAUUGAGAAAUGGUCAUCAGAAUCAGUGAUUAUGCUACAGAACUGCUUUGCUAGCGAUGAUUGGAAUAUGUUCCGAGACUCUGCCGAUAACAUCGACGAGUUUACCACCUCCGUCACCGGCUUCAUUAGGAAAUGCAUCAGCAACGUUGUCCCCACAGUGAAGGUUCACUGCUUCCCCAAUCAAAAGCCCUGGAUUAACACAGAGGAUGGCGCUAAGCUAAAGGACAGGGCUACUGCACACAGCGCUAUCGUAGACAACCCUGAGGCUACGACAGAGGACAGGAAUACGUACAAGAAGAUCCGCUAUGACCUCCGCAGUCAUCAACCGAGCAAAAGGACAAUAUAGGAAUAAGGUGGAAUCAUAUUACACAGGCUCCGACGCCCGCCACAUGUGGCAGGGGCUACAGUCCAUUACGGAUGACAAAGGAAGACCCAGCAGUGAUCUGCCCAACGAUGCCUCUCUACCAGACGAACUCAAUGCAUUAUAUGCACGCUUCGAAAUAACAACACCGUGAGGGCCCCACCGACCCAGAAGACGGGGUGAUCUCGUGCCGACGUGAGACCAUGCGCAGAACAGCUGGCAGUUAUAUUCAUGGACAUUUUUAACCUCUCCUUGUCCCUGUCUGUACUCCCCACGUCUUAAGCUGACCACCAUCAUUCCUGUUCCAAAGAACUGUAAGACUUCAUGCCACAAUGACUACCGCCCUGUAGCACUCACAUCUGUAAUCAUGAAGUGCUUUAAAAGGCUGGUUAUGGCACACAUCAACUCCAUCAUCCCAGACACCCUAGACCCACUGCAAUUUGCAUACCUCCCCAACAGAUCCAUAGACGAUGCAAUCUCAAUUGCACUCCACUCUGCCCUCACCCACCUAGAUAAGAGGAGUAGCUAUGUGAGAAUGCUGUUCAUAGACUACAGCUUAGCGUUCAACACCAUUGUCCCCUUUAGCGUUCAACACCAUUGUCCCCUCCAAGCUUGGACCCUGGGACUAAACACUUCCCUCUGCAACUCGAUCAUGGACUUACUGACGGGCCGACCCCAGGUGGUGAGGGUAGGCAACAUCACCUCUGCCACGCUGACCCUCAACACAGGGGGGACAGAGGGUGGUGCGGUCAGCCCAGUACAUCACUGGGGCCGAACUCCCUGCCAUCCAGGACCUCUAUAUCAGGCAGUGCGAAAGGAAAGCCCUGAAAGUCUCCAGUCACCCAAGCCAUAGAAUUUUCUCUCUGCUUCCGCUUGGCAAGCGGUACCAAUGCAUCAAGUCUGACACCAACAGGCUCCUGAACAGAUUCUAUCCCCAAGCAGCUUCAUUAAAUAGUACCUGCAAAACACCAGUCUCAACGUCAACAGUGAAGAGGCGACUCCGGGAUGCUGACCUUCUAGGCAGAGUUGCAAAAAAUAAAGCCAUAUCUCAGACUGGCCAAUAAAAAUAAAAGAUUAAGAUGGGCAAAAGAACACUGGACUUUUUCUUUGCAACUCUGCCUAGGUCAGCAUCCCAGAGUCGCCUCUUCACUAUUGACGUUGAGACUGGUGUUUUGCGUGUACUAUUUAAUGAAGCUGUCAGUUGAGGACCUGUGAGGCGUCUGUUUCUCAAACUAGACACUCUAAUGUAUUUGUCCUCUUGCUCAGUUGUGCACCGGGGCCUUCCACUCUUUCUAUUCUGGUUAGAGCCAGUUUGCGCUGUUCUGUGAAGGGAGUAGUACACAGCGUUGUACGAGAUCUUCAGUUUCUUGGCAAUAGCCUUAAUUUCUCAGAACAAGAAUAGACUGACGAGUUUCAGAAGAAAGUUAUUUGUUUCUGGCCAUUUUGAGCCUGUAAUCGAACCCACAAUUGCUGAUGUUUCAGAUACUCAACUAGUCUCAAGAAGGCCAGUUGUAUUGCUUCUUUAAUCAGCACAACAGUUUUCAGCUGUGCUAACAUAAUUGCAAAAUGGUUUUCUAAUGAUCAAUAAGCCUUUUAAAAUGAUAAACUUGGAUUAGCAAACACAACGUGCCAUUGGAACACAGGACUGAUGGUUACUGAUAAUGGGCCUCUAUACGCCUAUGAUAUUCCAUAAAAAAUCAGCAGUUUCCAGCUACAAUAGCCUUUUACAACAUUAACAAUGUCUACACUGUAUUUCUGAUCAAUUUGAUGAUAUUUUAAUGGACAAAAAAAAAGAUUUUCCUUCGAAAACAAGGACAUUUCUAAGUGUCCCCAAACUUUUGAACGGGAGUGUAUAAAAAAAAUACAACUGAAAUAUAACAUUUACAUAAGUAUUCAGACCCUUUCCUCGGGACUUGAUUAAAUAACCUUUGGCAGCAAUUACAGCCUUGAGUGUAAUUGGGUAUGAUGCUACAAGCUUGGCACACCUGUAUUUGUGGAGUUUAUCCCAUUAUUUUCUGCAGAUACUCUCAAGCUCUGUCAGGUUGGAUGCACAGCUAUUUUCAGGUCUCUCCAGAGAUGUUCGAUCGGGUUCAAGUCCGGGCUUUGGCUGGGCCACUCAACGACAUUCAGAGACUUGUCCUGAAGCCACUCCUGCGUUGUCUUGGCUGUGUGCUUAGGGUCGUUGUCCUGUUGGAAGGUGAACCUUCGCCCCAGUCUGAGGUCCUGAGCCCUCUGGAGCAGGUUUUCAUCAAGGAUCUCUUUGUACUUUGCUCUGUUCAUCUUUCCCUCGAUCCCGACUAGUCCCUGCCGCUGAAAACAUCCCCACAGCAUGAUGCUGCCACCACCAUGCUUCACCGUAGGGAUGAUGCCAGGUUUCCUCCAGACGUGACGCUUGGCAUUCAGGCCAAAGAGUUCAAUCUUGGGUUCAUCAGACCAGAUAAUCUUGUUGCUCAUGGUCUGAGAGUCCUUUAGGUGCCUUUUGGCAAACUCCAAGCGGGCUGUCAUGUGCCUUUUACUGAGGAGUAGCUUCCGUCUGGCCACUCUACCAUAAAAGCCUGAUUGGUGGAGUGCUGCAGAGAUGGUUGUCCUUCUAGAAGGUUUUCCCAUCUCCACAGAGGAACUCUGGAGCUCUGUCAAAGUGACCAUCGGGUUCUUGGUCACCUCCCUGACCAAGGCCCUUCUCCCCUGAUUGCUCAGUUUGGCCGGGCGGCCAGCUCUAGGAAGAGUCUUGGUGGACCUUCAGUGCUGCAUAAAUGUUUUGGUACCCUUCCCCAGAUCUGUGCCUUGACACAAUCCUGUCUCGGAGCUCUACGGACAAUUCCUUCAACCUCAUGGCUUGGUUUUUGCUCUGACCUGCACUGUCAACUGUGGGACCUUAUAUAGACAGGUGUGUGCCUUUCCAAAUCAUGUCCAGUCAAUUGAACGUACCACAGGUGGACUCCAAUCAAGUUGUAGAAAUAUCUCAAGGAUGAUAAAUGGAAACAAGAUGCACCUGAGCUCAAUUUCAAGUCUCAUAGCAAAGGGUCUGAAUGAAUACUUAUGUAAAUAAGGUAUCAGCUGGUAGAGCACAGCGCUUGUAAUGCCAGGGUAGUGGGUUCGAUCCCCGGGACCACCCAUACACAAAAAAAAUUAUGAACGCACGACUGUAAGUCGCUUUGGAUAAAAGCAUCUGCUAAAUGGCAUAUUAUUAUUAUUAUUAUUAUACAUUUGCUAACAUUUCUAAAAACCUGUUUUUUGCUUUGUCAUUAUGGGGUAUUGUGUGUAGAUUGAUGAGGAUUUUAAAAAAUGUUAUCCAUUUUAGAAUAAGGCUGUAACGUAACAAAAUGUGGAAAAUGGGAAGGGGUCUGAAUACUUUCCGAAUGCAUUAUACGUGAUAGGCCUAUCUGGCUUAUAUGAUUAUGAUGGUCAUAAUGCUUCAUGACAGUGUCAUAAAGUGUAUUUUAUUUACAAUUUGAUGAAAAAAACAUGACUGUAAACAGAAUUCAUUACAACAACAACAAAGGACUUAAGAAAUAAACUUUAAAAAUGAAAGGAAACUUCUUGGCAGGGAAAAACAUAUUUGAAUAAAUGUGGGUUUUGACACUCUUAUGUAGGUGUCAUAACCAGUCAUAAAGUAACGCAAUAUACUGUAUGUCACAACAGGUGUAUGUAUAUGGGUCAUGACAGUGUCAUGACCAUAUUAUGACAGGUUAUGACCAAUUAUGUCAGGAUUUAUGACAUAUUAUGUAUGGCAUGGUUAUGACCGUGUCAUAACGUGUUAUGACGCUGGGUGUCAAGUAAAGUGUUACCAAAACUUUAAACUUAAACCAACAUACAGUGCCUUCAGAAAGAAUUCAUACCCCUUGACUUCUUCCAUAUUUUGUUGUGUUACAGCCUGAAUUCAAAAUAGAUUAAAUUGAUAUUUUUUUCUCACCCAUCUACAAAAUACUCCAUAAUGACAAAAUGAAAACAUGUUUUUAGAAAUGUUUACAUUUAUUGAAAAUUAAAUACAGAAAUAUCAAAUGUACAUAAGUAUUCACACCCCUGUGUCAAUAGAUGUUAGAAUCACUUUUAGCAGAUUACAGCUGUGAGUCUUUCUGGGUAAGUCUCUAAUUAUUGUACAAUAUUUGCCCAUUAUUCUUUUCAAAAUUCUUCAAGCUCUGUCAAAUUGGUUGUUGAUCAUUGCUAGACAACCAUUUUCAAGUCUUGCCAUAUAUUUUCAAGCAGAUUUAAGUCAAAACUGUAACUUGACCACCCAGGAACAUUCACUGUCUUCUUGGUAAGCAACUCCAGUGUAGAUUUGGCCUUGUGUUUAAGGUUAUUGUCCUGCUGAAAGGUGAAUUCAUCUCCCAGUGUCUGGUGGAAAGCAGACUACUGAACCAGGUUUUCCUCUAGGAUUUGCCUGUGCUUACCUACAUUACGUUUCUUUUUUAUCCUGAAAAACUCCCCAGUCCUUAACGAUUACAACUAUACCCAUAACAUGAUGCAGCCACCACUAUGCUUGAAAAUAUGGAGAAUGGUACUCUGUAAUGUGUUGUAUUGGAUUUGCCCCAAAUAUAACGCUUUGUAUUCAGGACAAAAAGUUAAUUGCUUUGCUACAUUUGUACCAGUAGUACUUUAGUGCCGUGUUGCAAACAGGAUGCAUGUUUUGAAAUAUUUAUGUUCUGUACAAGCUUCCUUCUUUUCACUCUGUCAAUUAGUUUAGUAUUGUGGAGUAACUAACUACAAUGUCCAUCGGGUCCAAAGCUCUGUCUCAUAUCUUUGUCCUCUUCCAUUCAGAGUGUGAGCCGGCAGAAUGAGAAGCUGCAGGGAGAGCAGAGCGCUGAGAGGAGGAGGAGUAGAGAGGAGGCCCUGCAGUGGCAGAGAGAGAAGGUCUGACCAUAGAGAGCCUAAAGAGAUUCUGAUUCUCUGCUUUGUUUGUGAGUCUUGUAGUGUGCCAUGUCCCAGCUCUCACCACUGAAAGGGACUUGUGAGAGCUUGAUCAUUUCCAAGCCAAGGUCACCCUCUUGUGGCCACAGCAGAAACAGAGGCUUUGCUACAGCAGCAUUGGCUAUGCUACUUAUUGUACAGUAAUGCACUGUUUCUGAACUGACAUGGAGUGGCAUAGCGAAGACACAUGACUUUUGUGACAUGAAACAAUUUGACAGGGUAUUGAUUUUCUUCUUGAAAUUAUAGUGAAGCUCAGACUGAUGAUACUUGGCUCUGCUUAAAUAACCUCCACAUGGUUCUUCUACCCAACAGAACAAAAUGAUGGAGCUUUUCUCCACCAGACUAGACCUCCUCCACAGCCACCAGGCAUCCAGUGAGUCUGUGUGCUUAUGUUCGUGCAUGUGUGUGUGUUUCUGACUGUUAUAAAUGGUUUAUAAUGGUGAAUAGCGCUACAGGAGCUGCAGAUGGCCAGGCAGGAGGUGGGGAAAGUCCAGGAGAUGCUCAGGACCUCUCCACAGGAGAAGGGGCAAAAGGAAGCCCCUCCUACUGAUGCUGGUGACACCUUAGAGAAUGACAACGGUCCUGUCAAGCAAACUGAGGUGGGUGUAUGUAUAUGUUUUUCUAUUGUGAUCAGGUAUUCACUCUUAUGGAGAGUUGCUAGAAGUUGCCCCAAAUCACUGAGGCUGGAUCAGAUUGCUUCCAUUGCCCUAAUUGUUAAGGUAAGGAUUGGGGGGUAGAGUAAUCGGAUCCUCGAUCUGUAGUUAAUGGCAAUUUCUGCCAUAAGCAUUGUUCAGUGUUAUGGGGUUAUGACAGUGAGCACUGAGCAGGCUUUGUUGUCCAUAGGGGUGCAGUGACACAGAGCUGCCACUGGAGGGGGCCCAAGCCUGCUUGGAGGAGUUGAAGGAGAGUCUGUAUAAAAAGGAGAGAGAGAUUACUGAACUCCUGGAGUCAGAGCAGACACCCAUCCCACCUAUCCCGGUGGCACAGCCCCCCUGUGCUGUCCUGCUCCGCGUUGUCGUUGAGAAGGUGAGGUGUUCAAGGGGCUCAUUGAAACACAUUGGAACACUUUGGAACUAAAUGCUGAGACACCUAAACGAUGCCUCACUGCAUGGCCGGCCCUAGCCUUUUGGGAGCCCUAGGCGAAAUUUGGUUAUGGGCCCCCCCCAUCUCGCGGGCAAAACAUUUUAGUACAUUUCCUGCAAUUCUACACAUUUUGCCAUGGGGCAUAGAGAAGAUGCUGCAGUUUUUUUUUUUUAAUUCAGCAAUUCUACACGUUGCCAUGGGGCAUAGAGAAGAUGCUGUAGUUUUAAAACAAGUUUUCAGCAAUUCUACACAUUUUGCCAUGGGGCAGAGAGAAUAUUUCCGUACCAGGUCGGUAAUUUGGCAGAGUUUAGAUAGCUGGCUAGACUAAUUUACCAAUCUGGGCUAAUUGAGUAACUGUCAGUGGCUGACAUAGGAUGAGGAAAACUGCUGAUGCGCAAACAAAUUUCGAAAUUGCACCUUGUGUAUUCUACUAUUCUCACUCUCGACUGAGUAAAACAUGUUUUUAAAGAAUGUGUCGCUUAUGCCCAGGGCCGGCCCUGCCUCACUGAAAUUGUUAUAUUAUUUCACAGCUACUAGUCUAAUGUUUAGUGAAGCACACUGUUCAAACUGUAAAAGAGUCACAUUAUUGAAACAAUUUGUCUUAGGCCCAUGAUAUCUGUAGCGAAGUGAGUGAGGCGAGGCUCCUUGUUGACCACAUGUUCGAGGAGAACCGUGUGGCCUUGGCCCAAGCAAGAGAAAAACUUGACCAUAUGUCACAGAUGACCGCAGAUGAUAACAACCGCAAAGAGGAGGACAACUCUGACCCAGAAUGGUCAGUAUACAAACUACAAAGCCAAUUUCCUUCCCAUUGAACAUUUAUUUGACUUACUGUAGCUUCCUUUUCUGCCAUAUAACUGGAGGGUCCCAUCCUUCAGCUUUAGGUGGAAUUGUACUUAUUCAAUCUUGGUCUGAGGGCAUCUUUGCCUCGAGGGCAGAUACAAAUGCGAUUGUGUUUAGGCAAGUAAUCCUAAUUGGUUAGGGUUAGGGUAAGGGUUGAGGCAAGGGUUAGGGUUUAACCAAAUAUAUGGACAUGAAGGUAGGGUUAGGGGUUAGGGUUAGUGUUGAGGCUAGGGAUAGACUUGAACCAGGAUAUGGACAUGAAGCUAGGGGUUAGGGCUGAACCAGAUAUGGACAUGAAGCUAGGGGUUAGGGCUGAACCAGAUAUGGACAUGAAGCUAGGGGUUAGGGCUGAACCAGAUGUGGACAUGAAGCUAGGGGUUAGGGCUGAACCAGAUAUGGACAUGAAGCUAGGGGUUAGGGCUGAACCAGAUAUGGACAUGAAGCUAGGGUUCAGGGUUAGGGUUAGUGUUGAGGUUAGGGUUAGACUUGAACCGGGAUAUGGACAUGAAGCUAGGGGUUAGGGCUGAACCAGAUAUGGACAUGAAGCUAGGGGUUAGGGCUGAACCAGAUAUGGACAUGAAGCUAGGGGUUAGGGCUGAACCAGAUAUGGACAUGAAGCUAGGGUUCAGGGUUAGGGUUAGUGUUGAGGUUAGGGUUAGACUUGAACCGGGAUAUGGACAUGAAGCUAGGGGUUAGGGCUGAACCAGAUAUGGACAUGAAGCUAGGGGUUAGGGCUGAACCAGAUAUGGACAUGAAGCUAGGGGUUAGGGCUGAACCAGAUAUGGACAUGAAGCUAGGGUUCAGGGUUAGGGUUAGUGUUGAGGUUAGGGUUAGACUUGAACCGGGAUAUGGACAUGAAGCUAGGGGUUAGGGUUAGGUUUGAGGCUAGGGUUAGGGUUGAACCAGAUACAGUGGGGGAAAAAAAGUAUUUAGUCAGCCACCAAUUGUGCAAGUUCUCCCACUUAAAAAGAUGAGAGAGGCCUGUAAUUUUCAUCAUAGGUACACGUCAACGAUGACAGACAAAAUGAGGGAAAAAAAUCCAGAAAAUCACAUUGUAGGAUUUUAAAUGAAUUUAUUUGCAAAUUAUGGUGGAAAAUAAGUAUUUGGUCAAUAACAAAAGUUUCUCAAUACUUUGUUAUAUACAAUUUGUUGGCAAUGACACAGAUCAAACGUUUUCUGUAAGUCUUCACAAGGUUUUCACACACUGUUGCUGGUAUUUUGGCCCAUUCCUCCAUGCAGAUCUCCUCUAGAGCAGUGAUGUUUUGGGGCUGUCGCUGGGCAACACGGACUUUCAACUCCCUCCAAAUAUUUUCUAUGGGGUUGAGAUCUGGAGACUGGCUAGGCCACUCCAGGACCUUGAAAUACUUCUUACGAAGCCACUCCUUCGUUGCCCGGGCGGUGUGUUUGGGAUCAUUGUCAUGCUGAAAGACCCAGCCACGUUUCAUCUUCAAUGCCCUUGCUGAUGGAAGGAGGUUUUCACUCAAAAUCUCACGAUACAUGGCCCCAUUCAUUCUUUCCUUUACACGGAUCAGUCAUCCUGGUCCCUUUGCAGAAAAACAGCCCCAAAGCAUGAUGUUUCCACCCCCAUGCUUCACAGUAGGUAUGGUGUUCUUUGGAUGCAACUCAGCAUUCUUAGUCCUCCAAACACGACGAGUUGAGUUUUUACCUAAAAGUUAUAUUUUGGUUUCAUCUGACCAUAUGACAUUCUCCCAAUCCUCUUCUGGAUCAUCCAAAUGCACUCUAGCAAACUUCAGACGGGCCUGGACAUGUACUGGCUUAAGCAGGGGGAAACGUCUUGCACUGCAGGAUUUGAGUCCCUGGCGGCGUAGUGUGUUACUGAUGGUAGGCUUUGUUACUUUGGUCCCAGCUCUCUGCAGGUCAUUCACUAGGUCCCCCCGUGUGGUUUUGGGAUUUUUGCUCACCGUUCUUGUGAUCAUUUUGACCUCACGGGGUGAGAUCUUGCGUGGAGCCCCAGAUCAAGGGAGAUUAUCAGUGGUCUUGUAUGUCUUCCAUUUCCUAAUAAUUGCUCCCACAGUUGAUUUCUUCAAACCAAGCUGCUUACCUAUUGCAGAUUCAGUCUUCCCAGCCUGGUGCAGGUCUACAAUUUUGUUUCUGGUGUCCUUUGACAGCUCUUUGGUCUUGGCCAUAGUGGAGUUUGGAGUGUGACUGUUUGAGGUUGUGGACAGGUGUCUUUUAUACUGAUAACAAGUUCAAACAGGUGCCAUUAAUACAGGUAACGAGUGGAGGACAGAGGAGCCUCUUAAAGAAGAAGUUACAGGUCUGUGAGAGCCAGAAAUGUUGCUUGUUUGUAGGUGACCAAAUACUUAUUUUCCACCAUAAUUUGCAAAUAAAUUCAUUAAAAAUCCUACAAUGUGAUUUUCUGGAUUUUUUUUUCUCAAUUUGUCUGUCAUAGUUGACGUGUACCUAUGAUGAAAAUUACAGGCCUCUCUCAUCUUUUUAAUUGGGAGAACUUGCACAAUUGGUGGCUGACUAAAUACUUUUUUUCCCCACUGUAAGUACAUGAAGCUAGGGUUAGGGUAAGGAGUUAAAUGUAGAAAAUGUAUGGGAUUGGUUAGGUUUAGGAUUUUGUAUGGAAGCACUGAAGAGACCAUAGAGCACCUAUUUUACAUAGUGCCCUUUAGAUAUGGUGCCAAACAAAAUCAUCACCCCUCUUGUUAUUGAGUGAAUAAUGUUCUGUACCACAGGUUGGACUGUGGUACAGAACAUGUGCUGUUGCUACAAGAGACACUGAGGGAAUGUGAGAUUACCCAGAUGGCUUUGGACUGUAUCAGAGUCGGGGACAGCCCUUCUCUCUCUGGUAAUGUAAUGUAAUGUUGUGUGUGUGUGUGUGCGCGCGUGUGCGUUGUUGCUACUACGCAUGUUUACCCAUGUGUGUCUGUUUCUAUUUGUGUGACUGAACAUUGUAGUGGGAUUGAGGGUCUAAAUUGUAUUAAAUGUUGUAUUUUCCUGGAUAUGUGCAGUGUAAUCACGUGACAUGUACAGUGGGUAUCAUAAGUAUUCACCCCCUUGGAUUUCUUCACAUUCUAUUGUGGUCCUCUGUAGCUCAGCUGGUAGAGCACGGCGCUUGUAACGCCAAGGUAGUGGGUUCGAACCCCGGGACCACCCAUACACAAAAAUGUAUGCACGCAUGACUGUAAGUCGCUUUGGAUAAAAGCGUCUGCUAAAUGGCAUAUUAUUAUUAUUAUUAUUAUUACAAAGUGUGAUUAUUGUUGUCAAUGAUCAACACAAAAUACUUUAAUGUCAAAGUGGAAAAACAAUUAUAUAUAUAUUUUUUAAGAAUUAUGAAAAUAAAACAACACUAUACCUUGAUUAGAUAAGUAUUCACCACACUGAAUCAAUAAAUGUUAGAAACCCCUUUGGCAGCGAUUACAGCUGUGAGUCUUAGGUAAGUCUCUAAGAGCAUUGCACACCAGGAUUGUGCAAUAUUUGCCCAUUAUUCUUUUCAAAAUUCGUCAAGCUCUGUCAAGGUGUUGGGGAUCAUAGCUAGACAGUCAUUUCCAAGUCUUGUCAUAGAUUUUCAAACAGAUUUAAGUCAAAACUGUAACUUGUCCACUCAGGAACAUUCACUGUCUUCUUAGUAAGCAACUCCAGUGUUUUAGGUAAUUGUCCUGCUGAAAGGUGAAUACCUCUCCCCGUGUUUGGGGUAAAGCAGACUGAAGCAGGUUUUCCUCUAGGAUUUUGCCAGUGAUUAGAGCGAUCCUGUUUCUUUUUAUCCGGAAAAACUGCCCAGUCUUUGCCGAUGUCAAGCAUACCCAUACCAUGAUGCAGCCACCACCAUGCUUGAAAAUAAGGAGGCAGUUACUCAGUGAUGUGUUGUGUUGGAUUUGCCCCAAACAUAAGACUUUGCAUUUAGGCCUAAAUGUUUAUUAUUUAGAAGUGUUUUGUUGUUGUUGCAGGAUUACUUUAGUGCCUUGUUGCAUACAGUAUCCGUGUUUAGGAAUAUUCUGUAUAUCGUUAUUCUUAUUUUCUCUGUCAUUUAGGUCAUUAUUGUGGAGUCACUACAAUGUUGUUGAUCCAUCCUCAGUUUUCUCCCAUCACAGCCAUUGAAGCUCAGUUCAGAAGGACAACUGAUGGACUGAGGGACCUUACAGAUGUUGUAUGUACAGAGGAAACAGGUCAACCCCUAUUAUUUCACACAUAGCGAGUCCAUGUAACUUAUGAUAUGAUUUGUUAAGCCACAUUUUACUCCUUAACUAAUUUAGGCUUGCCUAAACAAAGGGGGUGAAUAUGCAACAACUAUAUUAUAAUGAUUACAUGUAUUUGCAAAAAAUAUCUAGAAUUUUCUUUUCACUUUGACAUUAUGGAAUAUUUCCAGUAUUAUCGUCUAGAUCAAUGACAAAAAAAUCCCACUUAAAUAAAUCCCACUUUGUAAUGCAAUUAUUAUUAUUUUUACUCCACGGGUGGUGAAUACUUAUGAUACCCACUGUAAACUGCAUAUUUUUCAUUUGUUUAAUGCACUACAGCAGGGUUGGUGUCAAUUUGAAUAGAAGCCAGUCGAUCUGAAAUUCCAAUUCAAUAAAUUGAAAAGAAAUGCUUUUUAUUCUCAUUAGCUAUGUUUCCAUUAACUUGUCCAGUGAUGUUUUUGUCGACAUUUAGAAAGUUUGCAUAGAAAAUAUAUUUGACAAUUGCCUGCUAUGGUGCGUUUCCAUUUAACUAUCUUGUGUAGAUAAAAACAGCUGGACGUUUGACGGCACACCUUAAAACAAAACUUUUUCGCAAAAACCUAGUGUAGAAUAAAAGUGGUUGAAGUGUUUCCAUUACCCAUUUAGGCAAAUUGCACAUUAAUAAAUUGGCGACCGCCUGUAUGCCCUCCCACCUAUCUGUUUCAUGUCACAGGUAGUAGCCCGCAAAAACCAGCAUGGAUAGAAUGCAAGAAUUGACUAAUAUAUGGCAUAUUCUAAUAAUUCUCAUGUGCCAACGUAUCUCCACGGUCUGUGCCAUGACGAAACCUGUAAUUGGAUGGUGAAACUUGCAUCCAGCCAACCUGAAAAGCAAGUCGAAGCAAUUCAGCCAUUCUUGAAAGUCAGGACGAGGAUCCUGCAAAGAAACUAUAUUUUUAUAGUUGGAAAAUAGAUUUAGCAGGCAGUUGGCAUUUAGAAUUAAAUCUAUAUCUGCCAUUUCCAUUACACAUGUCACAAAGAUUUUUUGGGUGACAUUGCUUUUGUUGAAUAAACCUGGAUUAAUGGAAACCUGCCUAUAGACUUCUUCUAUUCGACUUGACCCCAACCCUGCACUACAGCACCCAUACUGUGCUUUCCUCUCCACUCUCUCAGACUGUGACACAGCUCCAGAGUUGGAUGAGAUGUUGGGGAAAGGUGAGGGAGUGAAAAGCGUUGGCCAGCAACUUUUAUUGCUGCAAGACCAGGUGAGCUGUCCAAACAGGGACUUGGACGUGGUGUGACUAACUAGCCGAUAGCUAGCUAGGACAUGAAGUAGAACCUUCAAUGUACACAAUCAGCAUUUCUCGAUGCUAAGGGCCUUGACGGGACAACCAUGUUUCUAUCCCCUGCUGACAGCUGAAACAGGUGAGAGAGGAGAAUAGGAAGGUCGUAGAGAACUACACUUCAGAGAGGACCAUGAGAAAGAAGUACUACAACAUGGUGGAGGACAUGAAAGGUAGUUAUCUAUGUAAUUGACUAGGUUUGAACACGGGUCUUCUGCAUGCCACAAUACUAUUUUAGCUGAGCUAGCGUAGGUGCAAGUUGUGGGGUCAGUGGCGUCACUUGACCUUUGCAGUGGUUUUGUCGUGUGGUGCAGGUAAAAUUAGAGUGUUCUGUCGGAUACGACCAAUGAGCCGCGCCGAGGCAGCUCAGGGAGGGGCCAUCGCCGUGGGGUGUCUGGACGAUUACUCUGUUACUGUGGAAACCCCAAGGGGGCCGAGAGAGUUCCAGUUCGACCGGGUAUUCAGUGGCAAGAGCUCCCAGGAAGAUGUGUUCCAAGACACCAACAGGUGAUACUGCCAAUCUUAAGAUCAUUUUAUUGGCUCAAAUGGUUCAUUUUGAUUUGACUUGGGAAGCAGAAAUGUUAAUAUCUGAACCAAAGGAAACAGGAAAGGAGGUAUCCAGCCCUUUCAAAGCUUCUGCCAAAGCCCAUCCUUAGACCCUUUUACCCCUAUCUCAGAUUCAACAAGUCUGUCACAAAAUACACUACAGAGUACUGUGAUUGAUACAUUGGUUUGGUGGAGGUGGGGGAACUGGAAAUGUAUUCAAAGGUAUUUUUUAAAUGUAGAGUUUUGUGUGUAUUGUAAGCACCGUUGUAACUAAACUAGGGUUGCAAAGGCAGGCUAUAUUACUGGAAACGUCAGUAAACUACCAUAAUUUGGGUAUUUUUAUUUUUGUGAACAAUUAUUUAUUCGUUUUUCUUGCAUGUCCUAGACAAGAUAUACAUAUGUACAGUUCAAUAGGGGGAAAACAAACACAUUUAGAUAUCUUUCAAGGAUUUUAUGUAAUCCAACCUAUCAUAAAAUAUCUAGUGGUCCUUUUGGGUACUUCAGAUUAUCACAGUUGUCUGUAAUUAUCUCUGGCCCUCUCUCUGGCCGUAUCACAUGUAAAAUAUAUGAAAUAAUUAAAUAAGAUGAUUUUAAAAUAAAAAAAUAGAAUGACAAAGCUGUAAAACAUUAUCCUAAAUAUAAACCAUCAACUUAGUGAGUACCAUUGGUGUUUAAAAUGAGGGUUUCAGCAUGAAAUAUCUUUAUAUUAUUUAUUUUUUACACUUUUAUUCAUUUUACUAUGUCAAUAUGUAUUUAUUGUCAAUGUCUUGGCGUCAAACUGGUGGCAGUCGUGAAAGAAGUGAAUAGUUGGACGAGUUGCAGAGGUAAUUGAAAAUAGUGCCAUUGUUGAUUAGAUGCUUUUUUCAUUAAUUAGGCUAUUUUCUCUUGAACCAUAUGGUCUAUCUACUAGAAACUCAUGGAUAAUAUGAACACAGAUAUACAAAAAUGAAUAAUAUACAGUGCUUUCAGAAAGUAUUCAGACCCCUUCCCUUUUUCCACAUUUUGUUACGUUACAGCCUUAUUCUAAAAUGGAUUACAUAAAACAUGUUCCUCAUCAAUCUACACACAAUACCCCAUCAUGACGAAGUGAAAACAGAUUUUUAGAAAGUUUUGCAAAUGUAUAUAUAUAUAAAAAAUGAAAUACCUUAUUUACAUAAGUAUUCAGACCCUUUGCUAUGAGACUCGAAAUUGAGCUCAGGUGCAUCCUGUUUCCAUUGAUCAUCCUUGAGAUGUUUCUACAACUUGAUUGGAGUCCAACUGUGGUAAAUUCAAUUGAUUGGAAAGGUAACCUGUCUAUAUAAGGUCCCACAGUUGCAAAAACCAAGCUAUGAGGUCGAAGGAAUUGUCCGUAGAGCUCCGAGACAGGAUUGUGUCGAGGCACAGAUCUGGGGAAGAGUACCAAAACAUUUCUGCAGCAUUGAAGGUCCCCAAGAACACAGUGGCCUCCAUCAUUCUUAAAUGGAAGAAGUUUGGAACCACCAAGACUCUUCCUAGAGCUGGCCACCCGGCCAAACUAAGCAAUCGGGGGAGAAGGGCCUUGGUCAGGGAAGUGACCAAGAACCCGAUGGUCACUCUGACAGAGCUCCAGAGAUCCUCUGUGGAGAUGGGAGAAACUUCCAGAAGGACAACCAUCUCUGCAGGACUCCACCAAUCAGGACUUUAUGGUAGAAUGGCCAAACGGAAGCCACUCCUCAAUAAAAGGCACAUGACAGCCCACUUGGAGUUUGCCAAAAGGCACCUAAUGGACUCUCAGACCAUGAGAAACAACAUUCUCUGGUCUGAUGAAACCAAGACUGAACUCUUUGGCCUGAAUGCCAAGCAUCACGUCUGGAGGAAAGAUGGCACCAUCCCUACGGUGAAGCAUGGUGGUGGCAGCAUCAUGCUGUGGGGAUGUUUUUCAGCGGCAGGGACUGGGAGACUAGUCAGGAUCGAGGGAAAGAUGAACGGAGCAAAGUACAGAGAGAUCCUUGAUGAAAACCUGCUCCAGAGCGCUCAGGACCUCAGACUGGGGCGAAGGUUCACCUUCCAACAGGACAACGACCCUAAGCACACAGCCAAAACAACACAAGAGUGGCUUUGGGACAAGUCUCUGAAUGUCCUUGAGUGGCCCAGUGCGAGCCCAGACUUGAACCCGAUCGAAAAUCUCUGGAGAGACCUGAAAAUAGCUGUGCAGCAACGCUCCCCAUCCAACCUGACAGUGCUUGAGAGGCUCUGCAGAGGAGAAUGGGAGAAACUCCCCAAAUACAGGAGUGCCAAGCUUGUAGCUUCAUACCCAAGAAGACUUGAGGCUGUAAUCGCUGCCAAAGGUGCUUCAACAAAGUACUGAGUAAACGGUCUGAAUACUUCUGUAAUUUUAUACUUUUUUAUAUUUAUAUAUAUACACAUUUGCAAACAUUUCUAAAGGCGGUAUAUAUUGGGGUAUGUAUGGGGUAUUGUGUGAUGAGGAUUUAAAAAAACAAAAAAACUAUUUAAUCCAUUUUAGAAUAAGGCUGGAACGUAACAAAAUGUGGAAAAGUCAAGGGGUCUGAAUACUUUCCAAAUGCACUGUAUAUGAAUACAUUUUUUGGUAUAUAUUCAAGUAUAAAUUACCGAAGUUAUGAUAGAUUGCCAAAGAUUUGCUGUUAAUUACCAAAAUUACUGAAGAUUCUGGUAACUUUGGUAAAGUACAGGUAGCUUUGCAACCCUAAACUAAACACAACUCCCUGGUCUUGAUUGUUGUUGAUGUUUUUGCAGUAGCUCUUGUGGACAAUGCAGCCAUUUUUAUUUUAUCUCAAUAUCAAAUCAUUUCCGGGUAACAAUUAAUGACCUUACUGUGAUUGUUUCCAAUUAAUACUUAAAAGUCUAAGCUGACAUAUGGAAUUGUUUUAAGAUGGUCAUACUAUGGAUAAUUUAGCUAUUUGACCCCUAUAGGUAUCCCCCCCAAAUAUUACCAAAUUAUUUGAUAAAAUAUUGAAUUUGGCCUUUACUACUAUAGCCCAGAGAAACGCAUUGAAUAACACAUUCAUAAAUGGCAAAAAAAGACAGUCAAAAAAUAAUUAAUAAGAAACAAGGUUUUGAAGUGUUUGUCCUAUACUGUAUCUAGGAGAUUUUUACACAUAUUUAACCCUUUUUUGGGGGUAGGCACAAAACUACCUUCAUCCUUCCAUGAAAAUGUUUAAACCAGUACCAAUUACCUUCAGAUGAGUCCUGUGACACUUGUGGGGGUAGUUGAGCAAAACGGAUACCACCAUCGUGCGAAUCUCCCCUUUCCAUAGAGAAUAUUGUUUGUAGGUCAAACCGUUCGGACGCUACAGACGUUUUCGUGAGAAGAGCAAUAUUUGGGAUGUAUCAUGGUCUGACAAACACCGCUCUAGCUCUACCACCUUUCACCGUAGAUUCGGAAGUGCGAUAUCGGCAGAUGCAGUGCGAUAUCUCUAGCUUAAACUGACAGAUUUUGAUGGGGAUUUUUUGAUUAUGUUACUUAGAUUGACUCACUGGUGCGUCAUUCGACUCUAGGGGGUUAAAGUGGUCAAAAAGAAACACAAAUUAUCAUAAUUUUCACUAUAUCACAGUAUUAUUCCAACCUCAUAGUGUGGAAAUAUAUAUAUAUAAACGUUUUUCACUGCACUGGGCCUUUAAGCAUGCCUGUUUGAACCAGUCUCUUUUCCAGGCUGAUCCAGUCAGCCAUCGAUGGCUUCAACGUGUGUAUCUUUGCGUACGGUCAGACAGGCUCCGGAAAGACCUUCACCAUGGUGGGUGACAGAGACCAGAAAAGCCCAGGCAUCAUGCCUAGAGCGUUCAAUGCCAUAUUUGACAUCCUCCAGGAGAAUGCCACCAAGUUUGACUUCAAGGUGAGGGCUGCGAAGUCUUUCUGAGCGAUGAGAAAUAAUUUCCUAUUGUAUAUCAGUAACAAGAAGCAAAUACACUUUAUAGUAAACAUAAAAGGACUCUCCUCUCCUCUAUCCUGUAGUCCUGUGUAGUUCAUUUGGUAGAGCAUGGCGUUUGCAACGCCAGGGUUGUGGGUUCGAUUCCCACGGGGGGCCAGUAUGAAAAUGUAUGCACUCACUAACUGUAAGUCGCUCUGGAUAAGAGCGUCUGCUAAAAUGUAAAAUGUAUCCUGUCCUUUUUGUUCCUUUCAUCUCGUCUCCUCUCUGUGCUACUCUCUUCCUAGGUCUCGGUCAAUAUGUUGGAACUGUAUAAUGACCGGCUCCAGGACCUCUUUUUGAGCGGGGCCGAGGCCCAGAGCAGGCGGGUGGAGAUUAAAAGGAACAGAAAGGGGCUUGUGUUUGCCCAGGGAGCAGAGACAAAGGAGGCCUCCAGCGCUGGGGAGCUCUUCGCCAUGUUUCAGCAAGCCUGUGCCAACCGCCAUAUCGCAGCCACCAGUAUGCCCAAACACCCACUCCCCACUUCAAAAGCGCCCUGUUUAAUGGUUUGGAUUAAUUGGUUUAGUCACAGUCAGAUUGACUGGAUGGUAGGUACAUCAUUACAGACCCGGGCUCAGAGAGAGAGAGAGCUGCUAAGCAAGCCAUACGUAAGAGGAGAUCGUGGCGUCUUAACAAAAUGUCUGGCUCUUUCAUUUACUUCAGGGGUUAAUGUGGCAACCCUGAUAUCAUACUUCACAAUUCUACCUUAAUGUCAUAAUGCUGUUUCGCUGACAAAAUAUGAUACAAUUAGAAAAUAGGAAUAAAGUAAACAGGAAGUCAAUCUAUAUAAAGACAUUUAAAACUAUUUUAGGAGUGUCAAUUUAAAAAGGCUUACUUCUUUUACUCUGUGUGGUUGUUGCAGAGAUGAAUGUGGAGAGCUCUCGUUCCCACCUGAUCAUUGGGAUCAUGGUGGAGAGCAGGAAUCUGACCAAUGGGAGUGUGAGCUUUGGGAAGUUGAGUCUGGUCGAUCUGGCAGGGAGCGAGAGAGCAGCCAAGACUGGGGCAAAAGACGACCAGCUCAAGGUUAUUAGGUUACCCUGUUAGAAUUCAGGCUUAAAGCUUUAUAUAUCGCAGUCAUUUAUGUGUGUGGGCUGUUUACAACUAACAGUUUACGUUUUUCCCCAUGGAUAUCAUUGUUGAAUAAUCCUCCCUCUCUCUCUCUCUCUCUCUCUCUCUCUCUCCCUUCCUCCCUCAUCUUUCUAUAGGAGGCUAACUCCAUUAACAAGUCUCUGAGUGCUCUGGGAGAUGUGAUCUCGGCCCUGUCCUCGGAGCUGCCGCAUAUCCCCUACAGGAACAGCAAGCUCACCCAGAUCAUGCAGGACUCGCUGGGCGGCAACGCCAAGACGCUCAUGGUCGUCAACGUCUCGCCCUCCGACUGCAACCUGGACGAGACGCUCACCUCCCUUAUGUGA